CCACCGAGGAGGCGGGAGCGCGGGUUGGUGGGCCGCCGCGUCGUGCCUCGGGCGCGAGCCUCUCGCCGCCGCUGCCUGAGGGGAAGGAGCCGAGCCGGGAGGAGAAGAUGAUUGAGGAGAGCGGGAAGAGGAGGAGAACGAUGGCGGAGAAGAGGCAGCUGUUUAUGGAAAUGAGGGCUCAGAACUUCGACGUCAUCAGAUUGUCAACGUAUCGGACUGCCUGCAAACUGAGAUUUGUGCAAAAACGAUGUAAUCUUCACCUUGUGGAUAUCUGGAAUAUGAUAGAAGCCUUCCGAGAUAAUGGCCUUAACACAUUGGAUCACAAUACGGAGAUCAAUGUGUCUCGAUUAGAAACCAUCAUUUCCUCCAUCUACUACCAGCUGAACAAACGCCUUCCUUCUACUCACCAGAUCAGCGUGGAGCAAUCCAUCAGCCUUCUCCUCAACUUCAUGAUAGCAGCAUAUGACAGUGAGGGCCACGGAAAGUUGACGGUGUUUUCCAUAAAAGCCAUGUUGGCAACCAUGUGCGGUGGGAAGAUUCUGGACAAGUUGAGAUAUAUCUUCUCUCAGAUGUCGGAUUCCAACGGCCUGAUGAUAUUUUCAAAGUUUGACCAGUUUCUGAGAGAGGUUCUGAAACUUCCCACAGCUGUGUUUGAAGGGCCUUCCUUUGGGUACACGGAAAACUCUGUGCGGACGUGUUUCUCCCAGCAGAAAAAGGUCAUGCUAAACAUGUUUUUAGACACGUUAAUGGCUGACCCGCCGCCCCAGUGCCUUGUAUGGCUGCCUCUCCUGCACAGACUUGCCCACGUCGAAAAUGUCUUCCAUCCUGUGGAGUGUUCUUACUGCCGCUGUGAGAGCAUGAUGGGCUUCCGCUACCGAUGCCAGCAGUGCCACAACUACCAGCUCUGUCAAAACUGCUUUUGGCGCGGCCACGCAAGCGGCCCUCACAGCAACCAGCAUCAGAUGAAGGAGCACUCCUCUUGGAAAUCGCCUGCCAAGAAGCUGAGCCAUGCCAUUAGCAAAUCUCUUGGUUGUGUACCCAGUCGAGAGCCUCCUCACCCCGUGUACCCGGAGCAGCCAGAGAAGCCCCUUGACCUGGCCCACACAGGCCCUUCCCGGCCCCUCGCAAACAUGAAUGAUGCCAUGGUGACCCACAUGUCCUCCGGAGCCCCGACUCCAACGAAAAGGUUGCACUACAGCCCAGCCCCCUCCAAGCGGCUUAGGGAUGAGCAUGCCCUGAUCGCAGCCUAUGUGAGCCAGCUCCAGAGCGGCGCACGCAGCGUCCUGGACAGCCCCAGCAGGCUGGAUGAGGAGCACCGACUCAUCGCCCGCUACGCUGCCAGGCUAGCUGCGGAAGCUGGAAACGUGCCACGCCCACCCACAGACCUGGGGUUCAACUUCGAUGCCAACAAGCAGCAGCGGCAGCUGAUAGCAGAGCUGGAGAACAAGAACAGAGAGAUUCUGCAAGAAAUUCAGCGGCUGCGGCUGGAGCACGAACAGGCCUCUCAGCCGACACCAGAGAAAGCCCAGCAGAAUCCGACGUUGCUGGCGGAACUGAGGCUAUUGCGGCAGAGGAAGGAUGAGCUGGAGCAGCGAAUGUCCGCCCUUCAGGAGAGCCGGCGGGAGCUGAUGGUGCAACUGGAAGGGCUUAUGAAGCUGCUCAAGGAAGAGGAGCAGAAGCAGGCAGCUCAGGCCGCAGGGUCUCCUCCGACCUCCCCCGGCCACGGGACAGGGCGCUCCAUGCCCAUGCCAGUCCGGUCCACCUCCGCUGGCUCCACUCCAACUCACGUGCCCCAAGAUUCCCUAGCGGGUGUCGGAGGAGACGUCCAGGAAGCGUUUGCACAAGGGACCCGGCGAAACCUCCGUAACGAUUUGCUGGUAGCAGCCGAUUCGAUCACGAACACAAUGUCAUCGUUGGUGAAGGAGCUUCAUUCGGGUGAGGAAGGAGGUGAGGAGGAGGAGGAAGACAAGAUCCAGAACGGGAAGGACCGAGGUUAAGCGGAAGACUCCGCCCUGGCCAGCCAUUCAGGUAAAGAGGCGCGAGCUCCUCUUCUCAAGACGUUUCCACAUCCUUCCGACGAGGCAUGCGCCAGCCGACACAUCUGCCAUUGUCAAGUUGCAAGGACUGCAACUCGCAGGGAAGCCGCCUCUUUCCAACGGACCGCGUGGCGGCCUUCCUGGGGGGUGGGGAGGGCGGGGGCAUCUCCUUUGGUUUGCAUGUCCUGUUUCCAUCCGUCUCCCCCCCCGUGCUUAAUUGGGCAGCACCUCAUCUCAAGUUUGGACGAGAAGACGUUGUCGAGAGCCGCUUCCAGGCAGAGACCGGCCAUGUCUCCCACGAAGCAUCCUCUUCCCUCCCCGGCAGAGCGGUCGCCUCACCACCCACAGGCCACCACCCCCCGCGUGGUCCCCAGAAAAAGCAGACUUCUUAUUCCAUGUGGCCGAGUUUCCUUGUGCAAAGUGUGGGCGGAAUGCUCUGUUGCGGAAUGCGGAAGCCCCUCUGGCCUUCCCCACAUGACAUGGAUGUCGGGUUCCCUGGGCCGUUGGCGGGUGCAGUUCACGCAGGACAGGCUGGGAGGCAAGUGGGAUGGAUGGCUCCCUGGGUGGUGGGCAGUUCUGGCCCACACAAAGCCCACUGGGAUGAAUGUGGCAGCACAGCCCCCACUUCUUUCAACAGUGGUUGCACAGGGAGCACCCUGGAGGAAUGUGCCCCAUGUUCAGGGGACGGGAUGCGCUGCCAUUUGGCUCUUCCCCCCGGAGUCCCCGAAGGUCUUGUGCCGGCUCAGUGCCAAGAGGAGAGGAGUGGGGCGGAGGGAGACCCAGCCUCUGGAGGCCGCCCUGUGCGGAAUCUUCAAGUGGUGGGGCAGCAGCAGCAGCAGCGCAGCUCACUCAGUUGAAGGGACCCACAAGGGGCAUCUAGUCCACCCCCUGAAUUGCAGGACUCAUAAAAAGCAGCUGGUCUUUGAACAAAGAAGACCCUGGCCCACUUGGGUGCUUGGCACCAGAAGCCAGUCUCUCUACUACUGGCCUUGUUUGGGGUUUGGAAAGUGGCUCUUGGUGGAUGGGCCAAAGGCGUAAAUGGAUGGGGGGGCAGCGAAGGAAGGCAGAGCAA